UACAUUUUAGUUGGCACACGACGGACAUGACGGACACUUCAUGCCAUGAAAAUCUGUCCUGUUAUAGCUGAAUGUCCCUUCUACCGUGUGAUGUCAUUGCUUUUAUUUCAUCAUGACUUUACUAAGAAGUGCUAGCUAUUAAAAUGACAGAGUUUAUGUUUGGCGACGACCCGGAAAUGCCUCCCUUGGAGGAGGGCCCGGAUGAUGAAUAUGACGAGCUCAAUGAUGAAACAUUUGGAGGUGAUUUUGAGGGAGACUGGCAGGACACACACGAGAAGUUCAGUGCAGGGUUUGGCAACACCUCAUUUGAGGAUGACUACAGCACAAAGAGACCACACGAUUCCGGUUGCUACACUGGAGAGAGAGCCCGGAUGCACGAGGAAAAUCUUGAGGAGAGCAUCAGCAAGCUGGUCCUGGAUGACGAAGACGACGAAGAUGACAUGUACACAGACAAGUCGUCCGCCAAGAAAUCUCAGCCCAUCACUAUUGGAAACGGAGCCAGCAUGGGAAAUUCCAACAUGGCCCAGUUGUUUGGCCCCUCCUCCCCGCCGGCACUCUUUGACCCCCAGGAGUUUAUCUCGCCGGGGAGCCGGAAGAAUAUCUGGGGCUCGCCUACCACCAAGAAGGUUACCACCAACACCGAGCAGCACCUCAAAGCCAUGCUCAACAUCCAUCCACCUGAGGAAUUGCCCCUCGAGGAUCCAGCUGUCAUUCAGGCCAUUGCGAGCACAGAGCCGGCCAAGAAAGUGCUGACCCUGGAGGAGCUGGAGAAAGACCUGACGGACCGGGCACCCCCGCAGCGCACGGUCUCCCCAAUCCUGGGCUCGCCACCUGCCAGCAGAAUGAUGCCAGUGGGCACCCCGCCCCAGCACUCCCUCCUGCAGCGGACACCGGCAGGCGUGGUGCACCAGCAUCAGCAGCAGCUGAAGAGGCAACAGCAGCAACAACAGCAGGUGAUGCAACACUUGCAGUCCAAGUCUUCUGGUCAGCCUAUGACACCACAGCAGCAGCAGCAGCAGUUGGCUGCUUCACCUGCAGUGCAGCAGUUGGUUCAGAAGAUUCAUCAGUCUGUUGGAGGUCGCGUAUCACCCACUUACAUCAGGCAGCUUGUCCUCAGCAUGCAGGCAGCCAAUGGCCGGGCUUCCCCAAACCAGAUCCGUCAACUCAUCAUGGCCAAUUCGGCGCAAGGCAGUGCUUCGCCAUUCCCUAGGCCAAUGGCAGCUGGCAUGACUCCCCCUGCUAAGGGUAUGGCCCCACCCACUGGAGGACCCCCUCCCACCAGAACUCCAAUGCAGCAACAACCACAACACCAACAGCAGCACCAGCAACAGCAGCAGCAGCGUUUUGGCUCUCCCAUGAUGCAGCAGCGACCGAUGUCACCCAUGAUGCACCAGCAGCGCCAGGGCCCGCCCAUGAUGCAACAGGGCCGAACUUCCAUAAUGCCAUUUCCCCCUGGCAGCGUGAUCGGAGGACCACACCUGCGCACCCCUCAAGGCGUGCGGGGGUCCGGCCCAGGGAGGGCUAUGAACACCUACCUGACACCUAUGCACCCACAUAUUCCUCCAAUGCGGCCCUUCUCUGAUCCUGGAUUGAGACGGCGGUAUCCAUUCAACAAUCAACAAAGACCAUUUUCUCAAACGCCAAAUCGCUAUGGAGACAACAGACACCAGCGACCUCAUCAUAACCGUUACAAUGAACAGCGCCGCCCUGGUCCUGGUGGGGAUGCCAGCACCGAUGACUAUGCAAACCUGAUGACACAGCGGGAGAAAGAGUGGGUCCAAAAGAUCCAACUGCUUCAACUACAGAGCAAUAAUCCUGAGGUGGACGAUUACUACUAUCAGGCCUACAUGCAGAAGAAGCAGGGCCAGGAGGAGCAGGGCAAGGAGGGAGUGCAGGCUGAGAAGACAAAGAAGAAUGGCAAGGAAUCUGGCAAGAUCACGCCCAACACCAAGUCACUCGAAACCAGGGUCUACCAACCAGCUCAGUAUGAAGGUGCUCUCGGCCGGGUCACAUCAUCAAGUGUCAAUAACCCCAGACAGUUGAUUGACUUCCACAUCGAAGCAGUUGGUGACGAAGAAGAGGGCACCAAACCCAGCGCUGCAAAAGAGCAGAGCAAGAAGCGCCGCACCCUCCUGUCCAUCGAGCGGGUCUACGGCAUCCUGCUGCAGCUGGACGACUUGGGGAAACAGGUGCUGACACUGACCGAGUCAGACCGCAGGACGCUGCUGGAGAAGCGGCAGAGCCUGCUUGGGGUGGUGUAUGCCCACCUCAAGCCCGAAACGGUGCUGUGCGAUCGACCAUCAGAUGACCAUUUCAUCCAAGUCUUGUCAGUGCGCAAGGGACGUCGGCUUAUUACCAGAGUCCUACCUCUGCUGGAGAAGAAAGAGGCUCAGUACGUAGUCCAGGCCCUCCUCCGAAACAUGAGUCUGCUCUUGAAGAAGGAGUCGCAGGAAAUGCGCAAGGAACUUCAGGAGACACAGAAAGCGAGUGCGCAGGAGACGUUGCCCGCUGUCUUCCCGCCAGUGUGGCGCUGCAUCCAGGCCACCACCCUGCCCGAGCUGACCUGCAUGGUGAAGCAGCUGACAGCGGGGGCAAGCAGCGUGUCGCCGUCACGGCAGUACGGCUCUAUCAUCUCACUCCACAUGCAGAACAAGUUUGGUGUGUCUGUGAUCCUGUGCCUGUUGAGUCAAGGAGAGAGGAUCUACAGCAGCACAUCACUUGUAGACUUGGAGGAAGAUGCCCAGAAUGACUGGGUGGAUUGUGUGAACCAGUUUGCCAAAGACAUCUGUGUUGUUGCCGACACUGCUAUCCCCCAACCUCUAGUCAUUGUCGACAACGUUCUGCCACAUUUUGCACGGUUUGUCAGCAAGCAGACAUUCAAUGCCCUUGAAAAGAGACUCAGAUCUAUCACAACAGACAAGACAUCGUAAUAGUCUUCAAUAUUUUAAACUUUCCAUUCAUCUCGAAAAUUGUCAUCCUGCAGUUGCUAUUUUGACGACCAGUUAAAGAUGUAACGGUAAGACAAGCUAGUGUUACAUUUGUAAAGGUCACUUUUGUAAGCUACAUAUAAAUGAGACUUCAGUCACAAGAUUGCGAAAAAAAGUGGAAUUUGUUCAUUGGAAGAACCAGUAUUUAUGGAAUUUCUAUUAUUAUUUUGUGUCCAUCCUGCAGUUUUGUGGAAGUUACUGAUUUGUCUUUAUAUUGCUCCCACAUUUCUUGUAUAAGAGAUAUGAAUUUUGAUAAUUUAAUUGUCAAGCAUCAAAUUUGUUUGAAUGGUUUUAAGUGGAAAUUUGACUAUUGUGCAGUCGUAUAUAGUAGGAAUUUACGGGCAGUUUUUUUUCACCGAUUUUGUCAAAGUAGAAUUAUGAAAUUUACAUUUCUUUGAUAUGUUGAGUUACUUUAUAUUACCCCUACCUCCUCCCCGUGGUUUUUUUGGGGGAAACCCUGCUGAAUGUCACAGAAUCCAAUUUCAGCAACACGAAGCUUAGGUUUGUUGUUAACAACCCAGAUCAACCAAGUGCCAGAACAAUUCUUCAAUGUUCGAUUCUGUUACAUUUAGUGAAAGCAGGGUUCAUCUUCCUUCCCAAAGAUGACAAAGUUAAUAUCUUGUUUUACAUCAGAAAAACUGUCACUAAAUCAGUUCAGUUUAUUUUUUGUGUGGAUUGAUUUCACAUAAACAUUUGAUUUUCAUCAGUUAAAUAUUUGCAUGCAAUGUUUAGAAUUUUGCGCUUCACUGUAAUCUGUCAUCCCUGACUGUCAGCCUCGUGUUUUAGAAUGAGUCGGCGGAAAAACGUUUCAUUCAUUUACCCAAUCUAACAAAAUGAGUCACAAGUCACUUUAUUCAAGUUUGAGUGACAAGUUAUCCAUGUUGACGCACACUAUAACAAUGCUUUAGGUACCUCUUCAGCCUAUUCACCGUAACGGUAUUCUUGUGUUAGAAUAAUGACUAAACUUUGCAUGCGGAUCUACAUGUACCAAAUGCCUAUGGAGGUUAUGCAUUAACACAUCCUCAGAGGGAAAGAGUUAGUAUCAGUGGAAUAGGCUUGAGUAAACCCUUUAUGCAUUCAUUGUAACUAAAUUAAAAUCCCAAAAAUAGCCUCUGAGACCCCAUGGAGAUGCCAACAACGCAUAACCUCCAUUCUGGCCUGUGUUGGAAGUUUAUUCAAGAGUCCAAAAUAGGCCUGAGGACUCAUUUUGUUGGAUCUGUUCAAAUCUUUUAUUGUUAGUUUCAGCGUAGACUUAGUGCAUAGAACAGCAAAACUGCUUGUGGUCAUGCAUGUGUCCAAACUCUUUAAAAAAAAUUGGUAGUUAUCUCCGUAGCUAGGUAAGCUGUAUUCAUAUUUUUAUCAUAUGCAGUGGCACUACAAAACAAAAGAUACCAAAUACCAAUUCUACAUCACAUUUAAAGACUCUGUCCAGCCCAUCCACAGAUGGUAACAUUUUGGUGACUUUCAGUUAAGAAAAAAUGAUGGUUGCCUUUUGAAAUGAAUUAACUGUCAGACAAUUGCCAACCGUUGAUUUCUCAGUGGAUGCAAUUUGAAUGACAUAAUUAGCUGCAUUUGUGGUAAUGUCAAUCAGCAUGUGUUGCUUCAAGACUGUUUUCCCUAAAUGACAAUGACUGAGUCUAUGUGUAAUUACUCAGCGUAAAUUAUUUCUUCAGAAAGGAAAUGAAUAGAAAUGUUUGAGAAAAACGAGAUAACCCACUGGAGGGUUUUUCCUUUGAGUAAGAACAAGAACAUAAUUCUUUUUGCCAAACCAUUCGCAAUUGCUUUUUACUACCAAUACAUUAACUUUUAUGUCCUGAUAAACUACUUGUACUUCCUUUGGACAUUUGGGUUUUUUACGUGUUCAUUGACAACACCGUUUGGAUAUACAUGUAUCGUGCUAACAGCUCAGCAGUUCGGAGGUCGCUUUCCUGUCACAAAAAAUGUAGACAUUUUGGGUUUUCAAAUAUUCAAGUGAAAUUUCUGGUUCCUUAGGAAUUUAAUUCCUCUGUUCAAAGAGAUACCACAAAUUGAACAAAUGGCUGGAGAUUGAAAAGGGUGAGUACAGUGUAGAGUUUAGGUUCUGUAUAAUAUCUAAACAAAGUGUAAUCCUUCCUUUGAGGCCAUAGACAGCAAAUCGUUUGUUUUGAUAAUUUUUAUGUCUGGUUAAUUAGUUAACUUAUACCACGCUACAUUUGUUAUACAAUUGUGGUAUCGAAAAAAGCCAAUGUGAAUGCAUUUCUUAUUUACAUUUUCUUUAUUUACUAACAAGAAAAGUGUUUUGAUACAAAUAAAGUAUUACACACAGCGAGGGCCAUUUGAUACGUCAGGCAAAAAGUGAACAAAGCGAUUUCACAACUUUAGUAGUAAAAAUUUCUUUAUGACUUUGGGUAUUUCCCCAAUAAAUUUUGCUUUCUUGUGAAUUGGAAGUUUGCUAUAAGCAUGAACUGGCCUUUAUACUAAUUUUAGUUGUUUGCUUGUAAUUAGUGUCAUCAUGAGACAAAAUUUGUUACCAUUAAAGUUGCUGGACUG